CUACAUUCUAGGGUGUUGAUCUUGGAUGAGCUUUCAGUGUUCUGUCCUAGACAGGAGCUCCUGGAGCCGAAAAGGACCAUGAAUGGUGGGAAAUAACCACACGCAGAAUCCUGCCUACCAUUGUGAUCAUCAGUUUGGAAUUGAACUUGAUGUUUCUGGGAAUGAUUAGUUUGUAACUGGAGGCAUUUUGUUCUGUCGAAGGAUUGUGUCCUCCUCUUCCUUCCCUGUGCUCAAUCUCCACCUGUCUACCCUUCCGUGACAAUGGUUCAAUGGAAGAGACUCUGCCAGCAGCAUUACUUGUGGGCCCUGGGCUGCUAUAUGCUGCUGGUCACUGUGGCUCUGAAACUUUCUUUAAGGUUGAAGUGUGGCUCUGACCACUUGGGUCUGCAGUCCAGGGAAUUUCAAAGCCAGUACUGUAGGAAUAUCUUGUAUAAUUCCCUGAAACUGCCAGCAAAGAGGUCUAUCAACUGUUCAGGGGUCACCCGAGGGGACCCAGAAGCCGUGUUUCACGCUAUUCUGAAUAACCUGGAGGUCAAGAAGAAGCGGGAGCCUUUUACAGACACCCACUAUCUCUCCCUCACCAGAGACUGUGAACGCUUCAAGGCGGAAAGGAAGUUCAUACAGUUCCCACUGAGCAAAGAAGAGGUGGAGUUCCCUAUUGCGUACUCUAUGGUGAUUCAUGAGAAGAUUGAAAACUUUGAAAGGCUACUGCGAGCUGUGUAUGCCCCUCAGAACAUAUACUGUAUCCACGUGGAUGAGAAGUCCCCAGAAACUUUCAAAGAGGCAGUCAAAGCAAUUAUUUCAUGCUUCCCAAAUGUCUUCAUAGCCAGUAAGCUGGUUCGGGUGAUUUAUGCCUCCUGGUCUAGGGUGCAAGCUGACCUCAACUGCAUGGAAGACUUGCUCCAGAGCUCAGUGCCAUGGAAAUACUUCCUGAAUACAUGCGGGACGGACUUUCCUCUAAAGAGCAAUGCCGAGAUGGUCCAGGCUCUCAAGAUGUUGAAUGGGAGGAAUAGCAUGGAGACAGAGGUACCUCCUAAGCACAAACAAACCCGCUGGGAAUAUCACUUUGAGGUAGUGGGAGACACAUUACACCUAACCAACAAGAAGAAGGAUCCUCCCCCUUAUAAUUUAACUAUGUUUACAGGGAAUGCGUAUAUUGUGGCUUCCCGAGAUUUUGUCCAACAUGUUUUGAAGAACCCUAAAUCCCAACAACUGAUUGAAUGGGUAAAAGACACCUAUAGCCCUGAUGAACACCUCUGGGCCACCCUUCAGCGUGCACGGUGGAUGCCUGGCUCUGUUCCCAAUCACCCCAAGUACGACAUCUCAGACAUGACUUCUAUUGCCAGGCUGGUCAAGUGGCAGGGCCAUGAGGGAGACAUCGAUAAGGGUGCUCCUUAUGGCCCUUGCUCUGGAAUCCACCAGCGGGCUAUCUGUGUUUAUGGGGCUGGGGACUUGCACUGGAUGCUUCAAAACCAUCACCUGUUGGCCAACAAGUUUGACCCAAAGGUAGAUGAUAAUGCUCUUCAGUGCUUAGAAGAGUACCUACGUUAUAAGGCCAUCUAUGGGACUGAACUUUGAGACACACUACGGGAGCAUUGCUACCUGGGGGGCAAGAGCAUGUACAAACAUGCUCAAAACUUGCUGGGACAGUGCGGGUGGGAGACUAGGGCUUUGCAAUUCAUGGCAUCCCUCAGGAUAAGGGGUCUGCUCUUACAGUGUGGGUAAGGAGAUCUGUUGCCUUAAAUUGCUGCCUGGGUGAAUGCUGCUUUUUCUGUCACCCCUAACACUAGUAGUUCCUUCAUUGACUUUCUCACCGAGUGAGAAUGAGAACUGCUGUGAUUGCGAGAGUGAAGGAGGGAUGUGUGGUAGGGGACUUGAUUUCAGUUGAAUGCCUGCUGGUAGCUUUUCCAUUCUGUGGAGCUGCUGUUCCCAAUAAUUGUAGGUUUGGAGGAGAACUUUGAUGGAAAGAGAGCCUUCCCUUCUGUACUGGUAACUUAAAAAUAAAUAGCUCCUGAUUCAAAGUA